AUGGACGAAAUCUUGCAUGAACUAGCCAAGGUAAAACAAGAAGCAGAUGAAGCUACUCGAAUUUCACUGGCACAAAAAGAAGCAGAACUUGAACAACUAAAGUCUUACUGCUUAAAUGUUGAUGAGAAACGACCAACUAGCCAAGAUUUAAAAGAACUGACAGAUGGUAACUUGGAACGAUCCAAAAUGAAUGAAGAAAUGACUACUGAAAUAAACGUUUCUGAUGUAAAGUCUGUGGUGGAUGAGAAAAUCGAAGCACAAAUUACUCGGCUGAUUGAAGAACGUGACGGUCUACUAAAUACUGGUGUUUACGAAAAUAGUGAUUCUUUAAUUGUUGAUCUUGAUCGACAAAUCAGAUACCUUUUAGGGAAAAUAUAAUUCCAUCUAUUUGCUUUUUAAUAAAUACAAAGCUACUUGUAGCCAAACAAGUUGUGUAAAGAAAACUCAAGCAAGCAUCCUCAUAACCAAUGAAGAGUUUAUUAAGUUACUAAAGGAUGGACUUAAUACGUUUGUAAAUAUGUAUGAUAGACCUAGUUAGCACUUUACACACAGAUAUGACGAGUUAUGAUCGACAUGCCAGACCUCACUCCACAUAUAAUGAGCUACUAGCAGUUGCCUCCUUUCAAUAAAAGAUAAGCAUAUAAUCGACGGAUGUCAUAUCUCAGAUCAUAUGAACUUGUGGAACAAGAAGUUAGAAAUACUCCUGUGAAAGGUAAUAUCCCGCAUGGUUAUAUAGCAAUGCAACCGUGCUGGAGAUGGUUGGAAGAAAGUUAGGGCGGCCAACCAAAACGUGACAUCAGUGCUUGAAGUCACUAACUUCUAGUCUGAGACAUGUUGGUAGAUGCAGACUACUUGGUUGGGGUCC